UUCAAAUUAUUUCUUAUCGAUAGUAACUAAAAGCCCUUGCAACUCUUUAAUUGCGUUACUCAGCAAAUUUUCUUGACAGUUGCUUAAAGUAAUUUCUCCCUUGCUUUUCCUCAAAAUGAAUUCCUACGAAGAAGCCUUGUACAAAGUGCUCGACAAUUUGCUGGCGGCUAAGAAUUGCGAGGUGCAGGACGAGCUGUUACGUCACUCGAUGGUGGAACUUUUGAAAGACAGAUUCCGUGAGAUUGCCGUUCGGACCACCAAUGGGGCCAAUCACGCCGCUCGCAGUUCGCAAAGCUUCUUUGAUCUGGAGCGCACCUUCGCCAUGAUGAACAUCAAGGUGGGCGACCUCAAGGCCAUUUGCCAGGGUCAGCAGGAGUCGGAAUCGGAGGCCAUUGUCGAGUGCCCAGGUGCCCAGACACGCGACGAGGACUUCCACAGGGGGCCGCAGCCAAUGCUCAGUAUGACCACGAAGGCCCGCGAAAUGGGCUGCAACUCGCACAUUCCCGACUACUUGCCACCGUAUCCCGCGGCGCACACCUACAAGCACACGAUUAUGAAGCAGGUUACGGACAGGAGCUAUGUUACGGUCAGGACUCGCCAUGCCGAGAAUCAGCUGAGUACCGUGAAGGCCCUCAAUCGGUUCUAUUUGGGCUGCAGUCCCAGCAUUUCGCUAUUCGAAAACCAACAGGGCGAUGACAGCUGCAGAGUUUUAAGUGUGGUUCCUCCCAAGAAACCGGCCUACUUGGAUGCCCUGAUGCCACGCAGUCAAGUCUUUGAGACGGACAUUUACGAAUGCAAGAAGGAGAUCACUCAUGGGGCUCUCGUCUGCCCCUUUCUGAUGGAACCAAAGAAGUAUAGUUCGCCCCAAUCCACUGGAAACUACAGAGGCGAGAACGUGGAAAUACAGGAGCUCCGCGCCGAUGUGGAACUGGACUCGGACUCCGACGAGGAGGGAGCCCAUUCCGUUCAGGAUUAACUGGCGGACACAGGCGGACUGAGAACUGAAGACUGAAAAACCGAAUUAAAUUGCAGCACGGGAAAAGCUGAAAAGCACACGAAAUGUUUCCAUUACAGACGGUCGGUCCACGUGAAAAGUGUGAGAAAAAUUAAUUUAUUUCAAUUACAUUUCAUUAAGGACUGCCA